CUCACGCAUAUUAACAUUGUUUGCGUGUAUUCCUCGGCGUGACAUCCAGAAAUCGUGUUACUUGUGCACUAAUCAGGCGUUGAAGACGACGCACCGGCCGGGUUUGUGCCUCUGCUGCUGUCGUCGUUAUAUUACUGUAGCUGAGUAUCGAGCUGCCAGCUGACCUACUUUCUGCGUCUCAGCCGCCCGCUCCUGUUUACAGGCUUCAACCAGCCGAGGAUGUGGACCACAGCGCCUGGAAAAUAGACACACGGCCCCAACAAACACCACGGAAGAAAGAAACACAAAAAGAAAGGAAAAGAUAGAGGGGGAAAAAGAUGGACAGAUCAGGAGCGUCGGAGCCGCGCGGGCAGCGCACCGGCGAUUAAUAACAGCGCGUUAAUAACUUAAGAAUUGUUAUGCAAUUUAACGCUUUAUGUGCCAAGCUGGGCUGUGAGGUUGUUUUUUUUAUUUUUUAUUUUUUAAAAUGAGUAAAGUUAAAGGUGGACCUUUAUUUCUGCCGGGAAAUCUCUCUCCAGGAUUCUGUGUUUCUUCCGUGGCAUCGAGGAGGUGGCGGGCGACAAGUCCCUGGUAGAUUUUUCUUAAAGAGAGUUCUGACACAGUCAGCGCGGAUGGGACUUCCCAGACUUCAGAAAGGGCCUGGUCGGGAGCGGGAGUGAGCAUGGACAACCUUUCUGACUUCUGCGGCCCGUGUCCGUCCUCCCACAGGGAAUGGGAUACCAACAGCUGCGUGGACGACUUAAUGGAUGAAGAUGAGAAGGACAGGGCAAAAAGGGCAUCCCGAAACAAGUCGGAAAAGAAAAGAAGAGACCAGUUCAAUGUGCUCAUCAAGGAGCUUUGCACCAUGCUGCAGGGUCAAGGGCAUCCGCGCAAGAUGGAUAAGUCCACCAUAUUGCAGAGGACUAUUGACUUCUUGCAGAAACAGAAAGACAUCACUGCGCAGAAUGAGAUUAGUGAUGUGCGGCAGGACUGGAAGCCCUCAUUCCUUAGCAACGAGGAGUUCACCCAGCUAAUGUUGGAGGCCCUGGACGGUUUCCUGGUUGCAUUAACCACAGAUGGAAACAUCAUAUACGUAUCUGACAGUGUGUCUUCGCUUAUUGGCCAUUUACCGUCAGAUAUGGUGGACCAAAAUAUCUUGAAUUUCCUCCCGGAGCGGGAACACGGAGAGGUGUAUAAGCUGCUAUCAUCCCACAUGCUGAUGACUGACCCCAUUGCCACCGACUUCCUUGACAGCGAGGCACAUAUUGAAUUUUGCUGUCAUCUAGCCAGAGGAAACAUGGACCCAAAGGAGCCACCCGUGUACGAGUAUGUCAAGUUUGUCGGAGAUUUCAAAUUUCAUAACAAUGUGCCUACAUCUUCUUGUAACGGUCAUGAACUGACGUUGCCAAGGAGUCUGCAGUCAUCGCUGGAGGAGCAGGUCUGCCUCAUUGCCACCGUACGAUUAGUCACUCCUCAGUUUCUAAAGGACUUGUGUAACGUGGAAGAUCCCUGCGAUGAGUUCACCUCCAGACACAGCCUUGAAUGGAAGUUCCUGUUUUUAGACCACAGAGCUUCACCCAUCAUAGGUUAUUUACCCUUCGAGGUUCUUGGGACUUCUGGCUAUGAUUACUAUCAUGUGGAUGACUUGGAGGUCAUAGCCCAGUGUCACAAGCAACUAAUGCAGUGUGGGAAGGGUAAAUCCUGCUAUUAUCGCUUCCUGACCAAAGGACAGCAGUGGAUUUGGCUGCAGACUCACUACUACAUCACUUACCACCAGUGGAACUCCAAACCUGAGUUCAUCGUCUGCACUCACACGGUUGUCAGUUAUGCUGAGGUGCGAGCUGAGAGGAGGCGAGCUAUGGGACUUCAAGACCUGUCUCCACCAGAGGUGGCGCCUUCCUCCGUGAAGGCUCAGGAGCUGUACUUGGAUAUCUGCUCCACUCUGGACGCUCCGCUGGACAGAAACAGCGGUGCACACUCGGUGUCCUCCCACAGCUCCCGGAAGUCCUCCCACACAGUGCUGUCGGACUCUGCAUCAGCCAACUCGUACACGGAGGCCUGCACACCAUCAUGGCAGUCCGCUUCCGUUGGACAGGAGAAGUCCUCCGCCAGAGUCCAGCCCAGUAGCUCAAAGAAUUUGGCACAAAGACAAAAUUCCUUUGACUUUCCCCAAGUGAACCUCCCUCCUUCUCCCACCUGCAGCAACCACUCAGCAAUGCAGCAGCAAACCCAGCAGCAGCAGCAGCCGCAGCAGCAGCAGCUGCAGCCGCAGCAGCAGCAGCAGCAGCUGCAGCAGCAGCAGCAGCCGCAGCAGCAGCAGCAACAGCAGCAGCAGUAUCAGCUACAGCAGCCUCAGCUCGGUGUGAUGAACCAGCUGAAGGAACAGCUGGAGGAGAGGACGCGCAUUCUGCAGGCCGACAUCAAAACGCAGCAGCAGGAGCUGCACGACAUCAAGGAGAAGCUCCAGCUUGCUAAUCUACAGAUGUUGUUACAGCAGCCUGUCCAAAACAACUUCAGUCAGGCCCAGCAGCAGCCUCAGCAGCAGCCUCAGCAGCAGGGCCCGGGAAGGCCGGCCCAGCAGAACCAGUCAGGGGUCAUCAGGCAACACUCGGGCCACCAGAAACCAGCAGCCUGCGGGGCUCACACUCCAUCCCCCCACUCUGUCCUGACAGACAACAGUUCACCAUCGACGCAGGUCCAACAGAGGGUCCCCCGCAGUGGGCAGGCACAUUCGGUGAGUUUGCCCGUGCAGACAAGCACAAGUCUGACGAUGCCCUUCUACAGCAACCCCAUGAUGUUCUCUCAGACCAACGCGAGGUCUCAGCAGGAUGCAAACCAAAGACACACGGACAACCAGUACACCCAAGACGGACAACUACGGAUGCUCCUCAAUCAGCCAGUACAGACACUGGUUCCCACUACCAGCGUCACCUCGCAGCCUUCCCAGUGCAUCUCCCAAACUCUAUACAGCUUGGAGCAGCAAAUCCUCGGGCCGUCCUUCUCCAUGCAGCAGGUCAACUGCAACGCCGUGCUCGUGCCCUCUCCGGUAUUCACAUCCCCUAUAAUGAUCCCACACAACACCUUCAUCACACACCAGUCCCAGUCACCCUACCCAUCUCAGCCUCAGGCAUCCCAGCACUCCCUGCAGCUCCAGCAGCCCCAACAGUUCUUUCAGAUGGCGCAAGGACUGGUACACGGUGGAUCUACUCCGACGUUCUUACACACCACCAACGUGUCGCAGCAGAGCACGGUGGGAUACAUCCAGCAGCAGCCGCAAGCGCAGCAGCUGCCGGUGGCGCAGCAGCUCCAGCAGAGGCAGUACCAACAUUCCCAAAACCAGACUGGUGGCGUCUCGGAGUUCAGAAACAUGUUGACUCGCUGAGGUAGCGCUGAAGACUUCGUCAGGGGGGGGCUGAGAUGUGCCGCUGUGACCUCCGUGGCCCAUGUGGGUGGCAGCAUGGCACGGCACUCGAUCGCCAAACUUAAACGGGAAGUUUCCCGGCGAAAAUCCCCAGAGUGAGAAAAGUCCUCGCUGUGAUUUGACUUUUUGGUGAAGCAGGUGAAGCUACUCGCUUUGCACGUCACCGGAGCGAGGCCACAAAGCCGCAGAGGCUGCGCAGAGCCGACGCCCCCUGCCGGAUCUGGGGGCGGGGGCGUCUGAGGCUCUCGGCCUUUCGGCACGCGGCCACAUUGGACUCAGUGAGACUGCUGGAAUGAACGGAGUAUCAGAGUUCUCAAGAGGAGGCUUUUAUGUGUCUGCAUGUGGAAGUUUUUCUCUUUUUCGUGUGUCUAUACUUUGGUACCCCCCCCUCCUACCUAAUACAGUAGAACCAUUUUUCCCUACGAGUCAAUGUUCUACUCUGUCCUAUGGCUUAAUAUUGAGAUUAUUUUUUCAAAUCUACAGUCUGACCCCCCUCCCCAGAGGCAGACCAUCUGUGCUCAUGGCGGGAUUUUUCAUCUAAAAGAAAAUGGUUCAUCUCAUGAAGGGAUUUUGUGUGUGUGCGUGUGUCAGAUGUCACUCCCAUCAUGCCACUAAGACGGUGACGCAGGGAUGUUCGUGGCGAGUCACUACAGAGGCUUUACACUACAACGGGAAGAAGAGCGUCAUAUCAACAAAAAAAAAAGAAGCAUUUGAGCAAGUUUGAAGCCAGGAGAGAGAUUGUUUUUUCUUUUUGAUUAUUAGGGAGGUCUAGAUUUUUAAAGCCUCAAUCUGAACUGAAGAAAGGGUGCUGUGUAUAUAUCACACGACUUCUCACGCAGAAUGACAACAGAGCUCUGACACUGUAGUUUUAGAGGUGAUUCUGAGGAGUUGUGCGGCACGAAUCUCCGCGUAAUAAACAGCUACCAGAAGGGAGGAAAACUGUGCCUUCAGCCGUGACGCGUUCAUGGUGCGGUUCGAUCGUUUUGUCUGAUUAUGGCUUUAAAAAUCCAGCUCAGGUCCAUUUGGAAUAUAUUAAAAAAAAACAUUUAUUUUCAUAAGAGUAUAAUUUCUAAUUUUCUGCAUCAGAUUGAAAUAGAAGACAUCUAGAUUUGUAUUGGAUAUAUUACAGAUAUAUAUAUAUAUGUAUGUAUAAGGUGAUUUUACCACCUUUGCAUGUGCAGUGAGUCCCGAAGAGUGCGUGUUGUAGUAACAUCUAAUUCAUUAUCCUUGUACUCAGAUCCUCCAAAAAAUAAUUUCCUUUUAAAGACGUAUAUCGGAAACAUGGUGUGCGAUAAAGACAUUUGUUUAAACUACAAAAGUUACCAGAUGUUUGUGUUCUUAGACACUGGAAGGUCAAGCCUGCUCCUUGUGUCUUGCCCCAUCAGUUUCAUAAAAAACAUUUUUCCCGCCACCACUAAUCUUCAGGUGGUCGUUCACUAAAAGCGCUGAAUGGCAGUUGUACACUAAGUUUUGAGGCAACUGGUUGUUCUGCUUCUUGUUUAUUUACCUAUUUGAACAAAAAAGAUAAAAUGCAUGCUCCAAUCACAAUUAAGACUUGACAAGCCAUUGCCUGCAGAUAUUUAGUCUCCACUGCCUGAAGUUACACUAUCUGUGACGUAAUUGCAAAUACCAAACUCAUCUGUCACUUUUUCAACUAAAAAUGUCGAGCUUUUCAUCGUUUCAGCAAAUUUAAAAAUUUUGUGCUACAAUCUUUGGAGUGGAUCUGCUUUUUAGAGACACUAUUUUAAGUUAUAUUGCCAGAGGAACUCUUACUAACUCUAACUGCUAAUCUGCUUCAGCAACUGCUCCUCUUCCUCUGUCGGUUUGGAUUUAAGGGUGAGCAAACAUGUACAGGCUUAAGUGAUCAUAAUGUAUUGUGCAUUCUUUAUAGUUAUUUUUUUUAUUUUAUUUUUUAAACUCCGGUAAUAGUAGAACAUUUGUUGCAGAAAGAGGACUGGAGCAUGUUGUUGAAGCAUGAUUAGCAGGUAAAGAAAACGCUCGUCUCUUCAUAACGACAAUCAGACCGAUGACCAACAGCAGUGUCCCGUAUUUGGGGAAGUUUGACUUGUCAUUUAAAUUCAAUUCAAUUCCUGCUUAGCAGGAAAUGCCAUCGUUGUCAGACUUUAUAAAAAAUAAAUAAAAUGAAAUGCAAAAAAAAAAAAAAUAGCCCGUCGGGCUCAAAACAAGCUUCUUUGAGUUUGCUAUGUAACAGUCCUUCAAAACUGGUGCUGCUUAUUUUGCAUAACAAGACGCAACACUCAGCAUGUAUGUUCAGUGCCGUUUUUUCACUUUUCUAUGUGCAAUGUCAAUUUAAAAGGAGAAUGUUAAUUUAUACUGUUAUAAAUGUUUCAGAAUAGAUUUACCGUGUAUAUAGAGAUGUAUUAUAAGCAGCUGUACCAUGUAAUUUAUAUGGAAGUAUUUUUUUAAAUGAAAAUGUCCUAACAUUCCUUCAGCGGUAUAUUUUGUUAAAAAUAAAUAAAUAAAAAAGGUACAAUAUGUGUCCACUGAGGAGAAGGAUUACAAUAAGACUCUUGUCUGCAUGGGACGUCCGUCCCCAACAGACAAGACGAAUCCUAAUAACCAAACACAGUAUCUCUAGACUGAAGGGUCAUAUAUUCACCACGAAAAUGAGAUUAAAUGAGGAAGGUGAAUUCCUCCUUUCUUAUCCAGCAGGAUGCAGCUGCUGCUGACUUCAUGAACAGUAAUUCAGCCAAAACCGAAAGUUAAGAGAUAAAGUGCAAUUGUGCAUCGUCAUUGAGACUUUUGUUUUUCUUCUUCUGCCUGAAGCAGGUCAUAAUCCCCCCCGAUUCAUGACUACACUUCCAUUUGUUUGAGAUGUUUAACCUCUCAUAACGACCCAGACCCGCCAGCAACUCAAUAGGUGCCAUAGAUGUUUAUCCGUUUUCUGGUGUUCAUGUUAUUUCAAUGAAAAAGUUGAAUAUAUAUAUAUACAUAUACAUAUACACACAGUAUAUAUAUAUAUACAUACAUACAUGGAAGGAAACAAACAGAAUCAACAUCCUGUAGAAUGUCAGUUUUUCAAGCAAAGUUCAAUCGUUCAUGUAAUUUUCUUUAUAAAUACAUAAUUCGGAGAAGACUUAAACGUAAAUGUUAUCAUCUUGUUUGCCUUGUAAUGGUGGCUGAGGGAAACUGCUCAUUAUAAACUCCGCUGUCCUCCACCUAAAUUUUUGCUUUGGAUGUGAGAUGACUUUCACCACUAUUUUGUUGUGUAUUGUUUCACUAAAACGUGUAAAUAAUCCAUCCAAGUCUCUGUAGUGGAGUUAUAUGCUGUCCCCAACACUAGAUGCCCCACUUGUACAUUUUUUCUCCUCCCACCUUCAGAAUGCUCUUGUUCUUCAUGGGGUUUUUCAUUGAGGUCCUUCCCCUUUUUGUAAUAUACUGACUAAAGUAUGAGUGUGUGCAGUCAGAUCAAUGCUUUCUGUGUAAGACACGAGGAAAUUAAUAAUACAAAAAUAAAUAAUUAAAAACAACCCUGGUAUACAGGCAUUUCUGCAGUUUCAGUGCAGAAACAUUAAUUAUAUUGUAUAAUAGAAUGUAAAAAAAAUACUUUAGGCUAUAUUGUUGUUUAUUUUAUAUGUCUAAUAGAUUACAUAUGUAUGUUACAUGAUUUUAAAAUUAAAGUAAUUUUGUAACAGAUCAUGAAGUGUCUUAUUAGAGGAGGUGAUGCUUUUUUGCAUUCAAGUUGGUGUUGCACAGUCACUUGUAUGGCUUGUUUAGUGUCUUUACCAUAAAAAUAAGCUUUAAAAAUAUUAACAUUGUUCUAAAAGAAAUUUAAUUAAGUUUACACUAUAAAUAUCUUGAUAUUAAUUAUGGUAUACUGAGUUAUUUAUAAAUCAA